CCGAGGCCCAGGAGCUGCGGCGGGCGGGCCGUGCUCACAGGGAGCGGCUGCACAUGCACAUGGCCCCGGGGCCGACCAAGCGCCUCCAGSGCAGUUGCGCGGGGCCGAACGCGAGGGAACGGGCUCGGUGGGGCUGAUCCCGGACCCUCSGUGCAGUUCCCGUUCCCUGCUGAUCCCAGCACAGGCGCGGCGCGGUUGYUCACUGCCCAGUAAGCAUGAGAAGCAAAAAACUCGAUCCGUUAGAAAAGGUUAACGAAAGUCCCCUGGAUAGAACAGUGAGCUUUUGAGAGUUGCUGGGAGCACCAAAGUGAACUCCAGGGAUUCUGAUGAGAACUUUCUGCCUGAAGUUGCUGCUGCUCCAACUCCRGGAGCGACAGCUGCAACGAUGUUUGAUGGAGAAGGAGAUGCUGCUCUGCGGAUGCRGGGUGUCAUCUGUCUCCCUGAGAGAAAUCCCGAGCAUCCAUAGGUCAACCUUGCAGCACCUGCUGGAGCUUGGCUCUCUUGCUGUUAUGCCUACAGCAGCGUGGGCUGCUGUGGAAAAAGAAACGUUGCAUGUCCUAACAGAACAGGGGCCUGUGGCCGAGUCCUUGCCACUAUGAGCCCCCACUGCCCUGGGCUGUCUGGAGCAGACAGUCCAGCUGGUAGCAGUCAUCUGCCGUGAACACAGGGACACUGGAUGCUGUUUUAAAGUCUGUAAAGGAUUGUUCCCAGCAGUGAGGGAAUAACUAGUCUCACAACCAUUGCAGUCUUUCUGGUGGUGCAAUGCUUUCUUUCUCUUCUGGAACAGCAGAGAGUAUGAUUGUGUCCUGCUAUUCUGUGUGUUGGAAGGGCCCCUUUGCCCCUUCUCUGUCCUGCUGGGGAUCCUCUCUUUCUCUCCUCUACUGGGAUGUGAGCCUGCUUGCUCACCGCAUACUUCCUGGUGGUUUUUAAUCUGUGAAUGUCUUUUCUUUACUCCUUUGUUAACCUUGUUUAUACUGUUUCCUCCAAAUUUGUCUCAAAACCUGUCUGUUGGCUCCAGCUGUUUGCUGAUAUUGUGGUUGRUGGCCCUGAGGCAGGUUUGGGUGUGUAAUCUGGCAGCUGCAAUGAAGUUCAGAGCUGUGCUUUCUGCUGCGGGUUAGAGCACUUUGGUGUGCAGGUUGGCUCCUUGGCUGAAAACUUGCCAUAGCUCAUGCUGUGCUGGGGGUGAAGGGCCCUUUCCCUGUUUUAUUGAGGCAUCAGCAUGUGAGGGGGAGUGGGAAAGGGCAGAUGUCUGGGCGUGGAUGUUGGAAGAGARUGAAAAGCUGGUGUGACUCAGCGGGACAAGGCAGAAGUGCUGUGCUUUGGAAGAGCUGCCCAGCUGAGCGACUGGAAGUGCUGGCGUGCCUGAUGCAGCUGCAACAGCAGCCCGUGGAGGUGAUGAAGGUUUUUAACGAUCCUGUUCAUGGCCACAUUGAAAUGCAUCCCCUGCUUGUUCGGAUCAUCGACACGCCUCAGUUCCAGCGGCUCCGGUACAUCAAGCAGCUGGGUGGCACAUACUUUGUUUUUCCAGGAGCCUCUCACAACCGCUUUGAACACUCCCUGGGGGUUGGUUACCUUGCAGGAUGUCUGGUUCGUACACUGAAGGAGAGACAACCRGAACUGGAUAUAACCCCGCGAGACAUCCUCUGUGUAGAAAUUGCUGGGCUUUGUCACGAUUUGGGUCAUGGGCCAUUUUCACACAUGUUUGAUGGAAGAUUUAUUCCACUCACUCGUCCAGAUUUGAAGUGGAAGCAUGAAACUGCUUCUGUUCAAAUGUUUGAGCAUUUGAUCACUUCCAAUAAACUGGAAAAAGUCAUGGAGUCAUAUGGUCUUGUCCUUGAAGAAGAUAUGCUCUUCAUCAAGGAACAAAUAGGAGGGCCUGUAGAUGAAAAUGCCUGUGAAAAAUCGUGGCCCUACCGUGGUCGACCAAAGGAGAARAGUUUCCUCUAUGAGAUAGUAGCUAACAAAAAAAAUGGCAUUGAUGUUGACAAGUGGGAUUAUUUUGCAAGGGAUUGCCAUCACCUGGGAAUUCCAAAUAAUUUUGACUAUAAGCGAUUGCUUAUCUUCACUCGGGUCUGUGAAGUGAAAAACCAGAAGCACAUCUGUACCCGUGACAAGGAAGUUGAAAAUGUGUACGAGAUGUUCCACACUCGGUAUUGCCUGCACCGGAGAGCAUACCAGCAUAAGACUGGCAACAUCAUUGAAAUAAUGAUUACAGAAGCCCUUCAAAAAGCAGAUAAAUUUUUUGAAAUAAGAGGCUCUGGAGGAAAAGUGUAUCAGAUUUCUACAGCAAUGGAGGACAUGGAAGCCUACACUAAACUAACUGACUGUAUCUACCUGGAAAUUCUGCACUCAAGUCAUCCAGAACUGGAGGAGGCACGAGAAAUUUUGUGUAAAAUAGAACGACGUGAAUUAUACAAGUUUUUAGGAGAGACUCGACCUGAAUCAAAGAAGGCAGUUGUAAAGAGUAAUGGCCUGGCAGAAAGCAUUGCUAAUUCCAAGCCUGAGAAGGACCCUCCAGAUGUGGAGCUAAAGGCUGAGAAUUUCAUAGUCGAUGUUAUCAACAUGGAUUAUGGAAUGAAAGAUCAGAAUCCAAUUGACCAGGUUCACUUUUAUUGCAAGGCUGAUCCUUCCAAGGCAGUCAAUAUCAGUAAAGAACAGGUUUCAAAGUUUUUACCCAUAACAUUUAUGGAGCAGGUUGUCCGGGUUUAUUACAAAAGUCAGGAUCCAUAUAUUAUUUCAUGUGCAAAACAGUACUUUGUUCAAUGGUGCAUGGAGAAUGAUUUCACCAAACCACAGGAUGGUGAUGUUGUUGCCCCUCAUUUAACUCCAAUGAAGAAAUCGUGGAAUAAUAUGGCAGAUGACGAACGCAGGAGAGCCUCAGAACCCAACUGCAGACAAAUGCUUUCUUUUGAUGAGUAACAGAUGUCUUUUUGCCACUAUUGAGUCUGCUUCCUCAGAAGAUGAGUAAACCUGAGCAUCCUAUCUUCUAAAAGCUGGUUCUACGGACUGGAAUAAUUCACAGAACAAUGCAGAAAUGCAUUUUACAAUACAGAAGGUUUUAAUAUAGAUGGUUUAAGUGCCAGUCGAAAGGGACUUCUAAAAAAAAACUUAUUACAACAGAGUAAACUCAGUUCUUAUUUGUUUUUGAAUGUAUAGGCACUGUGUAGCAAAAGUAACUUUAAAAACUGCAAUUCAUUAUUAUUACAAGAUUUUACUAUUCCGUCUGGUCCUGAUUCCUUCCUUAGCUCUGCUAUUGCAUGAGCUAGCAGAAAAAAUCCCGGCUCAGRUUUGAUGGGAUUUUUGGGGUGGUUGGGGUUUUCUUAGUGCCUGAGGAAGAGAGGGUUAAGUAUGCUUCUGAAGAUACAGUGGGUUUAAGGAUGGUGUCUUAAAAAUUAGCAAAGUGAAUUUCAUGGGAGAAAAAAAAAAGGAAGGGAGAGGGGAAUAUUUUAAUAAUCAAAGAUUAUUUUUCUCAUAUUUAAAAAAGCUGAUGCCGACCACCUGCUACAAGUGACCACAAUUUUUAUUGAAGUAACAAUGCAUUGCAGUGCCAUGCAGUCUUUUUUUGUUUUAUUGUGUAUUUUUGAUACAUUGAAUGUUAUAUUUUUUACUGACUGACCUGCAAAGACUGCUCAAAAGGCCCAUGGUGUGAGUGGUUGCAGGAAGCCUGAGCUGCCCAGAUGUUUGCCAGGGCACAGGUGUGCAGAGGGGGCAAUGCCAGCAGGAUGGUGCCCUGGCUCUGCCCAUCCUGCACCAAGUGCACCUUGGCUCUGCUUUACACUGUCCUGGACAGACAGGCUUAUCAGAAAUCCUUCCUUUCUUGUAUCCUUGCCCUCUUCUCUUGGAUCUCAUUGCUGUCCCUGUGUCGKUUUUUUCUCUCUUGUUGAUCUGUGAGGGUUCUGACAGUUUUCCUGGACUGGCAGUACUGGUGUGAGUGUCCUGAAUGUCUGUCCUGUUGAACAAGUGACCGAGGAAGACCAUUUUCCUCCCAUCUUUUACUCAGGUCUAAGAGGAAGGCUGCUUUCAUUAAAUGAAACCUAAAAGCUUGAAAAAAAUCUGUCCACAAAACUAAAAMCACCAAGUAAAAGGUCAGGAACUGUGGUGAUCUGUGGCCUUUAUAUCUGGAAUGGGGAGAGAGGCACUGAGCACCUGGCUCAGGCAGUGAGGUGUGGGUGGCCUGGGUAGGUCCUGACAAAUAACUCGGUGGGAAGGUGCUGUGAGGGAACUCCAGAACUCCUGCCACAUCCCCUUUGCCCUUUUUAUCCUGGGAACUGGUGCUGUUAGAGGGAGGGAGAAUGAGUAUCCAUGUGYAUCUGCUGCUUUCUUGUGUGUCUGUGCUCAUGUGUUUGAAGGUGUAACCUCUGCUGUUUCUAACAGUACUUCUGACCUGCAGGUGAACCARGUUACUGAGUUACUGUUAGAAGGGCUUGUGACCUCUUUGAAAGCUUUUAAAGAACUUACUAUUCUUUAAGAAACAGUGUCUUAGAGUUAAGGCAUUUAUAUCUCCCUUGUCUACAUAAGAUCAAGUAUAAUUCUGAUAUAAUUCUGCUAUUGUUGAUUUGGUUUGUUUUGAAUUUUUUACUAACUGUGCACUUUAUACUUGGAAAAGAUCUUUUGCUUACGUUAAAUCAAAAGUUUAUACUUAAGUUCUGAGAGCAUUUCUUUUCUCAACAUGUUCAUCUGAGCCUCUCUGAAGAAUAAAUGUAUAA